UUUUUCUUAUUCAGAGUCCAAGACACAAAUGGAAGACGUCUUGUACAUACAGAGAACGAAGCCCUCUUUCUGAGCCUCUCUCCCCCUUUCGCCUAAUAUUUACGUAGGGGUCCGGCCAAUAAUGUCCGGAUCGGAAACAAGGUCAUCGUUGCCAUUUCCGUUUCGAAGACGUUCGAGUGGAGACGUCACAAAGAACUUAGCCUCAGUUUCCAGCAGCCUCUUACCGGCUUUUGGAACUGUUGUUGAUGAUGGUUACUUACACCUGAAGAAGUAUGUUAUCGCUCCAUAUGAUAGAAGAUACCGGUGGUGGCAAACGUUCCUUGUGGUGUUGGUGGUAUACUCAGCAUGGGCAUCUACUUUUGAACUGGCUUUUAAGAAAGCCGCUACCGGAGCACUUUUGCCCGUAGAUUUGGUGGUUGAUGCCUUCUUUGCCGCUGAUAUUGUCUUAACUUUCUUUGUGGCUUAUUUGGACAAUUCGACCUAUCUUCUUGUGGAUGAUCACAAGAAAAUUGCAGCACGGUAUAUCACCAGGUUAUUGUUCCCCAUGGACAUAGCCUCAACUCUACCAUUUCAAAUCAUUUACAGAAUCAUAACUGGCGAAAUGCACGAAGGAGAGACCUUCGGUUUCCUCAACUUGCUGCGGCUUUGGCGACUCAGGCGUGUGGCUGAACUCUACAAAAGGCUAGAGAAAGACACACGCUUCAGCUACUUUUAUACCAGAUUAAUUAAACUAAUCAGUGUCACACUAUUUGCGGUUCACUCGGCAGGAUGCUUCUACUACUGGCUUGCUGCUCAUCAUAAAACAUCAGGCAAUACAUGGAUUGGAGUUCAGGUUAAAGAUUUCAAACACAGAAGCAUCUGGUUGGGUUACACCUACUCCAUUUACUGGUCAAUUGUCACUCUAUCCACUGUUGGCUACGGAGACUUGCAUGCAGUAAACACAGGAGAGAAAAUUUUUAAUAUGUUUUACAUGCUAUUCAACAUUGGCCUCACAGCUUAUAUAAUCGGAAACAUGACAAAUCUCAUUGUCCAUGCUGCGGUCCGUACUUUUGCUAUGAGGAAUGCCAUCAAUCAGAUAUUAAGAUAUGCAAGCAAGAAUAGACUCCCAGAAGGUUUGAAAGAGCAAAUGCUAGCACAUAUGCAACUCAAGUUCAAGACAGCAGAGUUGCAGCAAGAAGAAGUGUUAGAGGACUUACCAAAAGCAAUCAGAACCAGCAUUGCUCUACAUCUUUUCCAUGGUGUUGUUGCAAGCACCUACCUAUUCAAAGGAGUUUCUGAAGAUCUUCUUACCCAGUUGGUAACAGAAAUGAAAGCAGAAUAUUUUCCACCUAAGGUUGAAAUUAUUUUACAAAACGAGAUUCCCACAGAGUUUUACAUCUUAGUAUCUGGAACGCUGGACGUGCUGGUGUACAAGAAUGGAACAGAUCAGGUUUUGUCAAAGAUAGGACCUUCAGAUGUGGCAGGGGAAAUUGGGGUUGUGUUCAACAUCCCACAGCCUUUUACUAUGAGGACCAAGAGACUUUCCCAGGUCAUCCGGCUCAGUCAUCAUCAUCUCAAGCAAAUGGUGCAGCCCCAUAGCGAAGAUGGAAAAACAAUUAUCUCCAACUUCACUCAGUACAUGAAGGACUUAAAACAAGAGAUGCAACAAGAAAUACCCUCUCUCAAGGAAUUGCUGGGAGACACAACUGUAGAGCAAGCAACAGCAAAUGAGGAGUUACCAAGUUCUGAUGCAGUAAAUUCUCAACGAGAAACAAAUUUAGAAGGAACACCAGAAGAUUCUACUUCAUUAGCAAGCAAAUAUCCCACACGAGUGAUAAUACAUGGGCAUCAUCCAAAUGAAAGUCCAACGGGGGACACAAACGGAAAGCUCAUACAUUUGCCCGACUCUAUAGAAGAUCUAUUCAAUGUAGCAGAAAAGAAGUUUGGCAAGCGUGGAAACAAAAUUCUCAUGGAGGAUGGUUCAGAAGUGGAAGAAUUGGAUGCUUUAAGAGAGAAUGAUCGAUUGUUUAUUUUUGAAUCUUAAAACACAAAACCAACAUUCCAUCAUCAGCCUACAUGUGCAGCUCAUUUUGAGUGAAUUUUGUAGAAAGAUAUUAAAAGUUUGAGAUGUAUAAUAUAUGACAAGGGAGGGAAAUACAUGCUCCUAUGUUUAAGUACA